AUGCGAGUCCAAUCUGGAAUUGGUACUUCAAAAUCAAUGAACCCUAAACCCCAUUACUUCAUCAUCUCAAAUUUUGAGAGUGAUGAUUCCUCUGAUUCAUAUCCCCCAUCAGCAAAACCACCAACACAACCUGAACCAUCAAUAAAAACUACGCCCUCAGCAACAACAACACCACCACAACCUCCAUCAUCAACUCCAGCACAAGCACCAAUAGUCACUAAACCUUCCACAUCUUCAAAAUCUGCCUUCUCCUAUGAACCGUCCCAAUCAACUCCUCCACACCAAAAACGGAGAUCGAUCAAUGACAUUGUUUCCCCUCCUACCAACCACAAAGAACCCCUCUCUCAACCCAAACCACAAACUAAAAUCAUGAAAACAAAAAUCACAAUGCCAUUGCUCAAUACCUUGCUCGUAAAAAUCUUCCAAAUCCUCAUAGAGGAAAAACAAUCAUCUCCCCAUCCACAACCUUCCCCACAAAAACACACCAAACGUUCUCCAUCUCCUCAGUCCUCUUCUACUUCCACAUCAUCUGCCUCUGAUCCGUCUCCUCCCACUAAGAAACCAAAACAGACUACUCCUCCUCUGAUUUUCCCUGCAAAAACUAAAAUCUUCAAACAAAAAUGGGCUCAACGCUCAGUUGGGAUUUGCCGAGUUUUUGUUUUUAACAAUCUUGUUGUUGACGGAAAUGUUGUUCAACAUCACACUAAUGCUCUUGGUUGGACAUCCUUCUUAAAAAUCUCUGAAUCGUAUUACCCAGAUGUUGUCUGUGCAUUCUACUGCAAUGCCAAGACAUUUGUUGACAAAUCUCUAAUCAUCUCUAAGAUUAAGGGAGUGGAAAUCAAACUGACUCCAGAUAUUUUGGCCUCCAUUCUUCAGCUACCAACAGAAGGGCCAUCUGUUUUUGGUGACCACUGGUAUUCAGCUUUAAGUCUUUGCAAGACAGAAGUUUUACCAGAUUUGUUUGAAGAAGACUCCAUUCGUUAUUUGUCCAUCUAUCUUAAGCCGCUUCCCAAGGUGUUCAAUAACAUGUGCCAACAUACCUUGAUUCCACACUGUGGCAUUCAUGAGUAUGUAUCUGAUAAUGAUGCUUUGCUCAUUCAUCAUCUUCUUAACUGCAAGAGAUUGAAUCUACCCUUUGUCAUCCUCCAGGACAUGAUAUGUGCAGCCAACAAAGACUACAUAAAGAAUAUUGUGCCUUAUGGCAUGGUCCUAACUAAAGUCUUCAGGCGUUUUGGAGUCUCUCUUGCGUCUGAAACAUCUCUGAUAAAAAUCUCCAAAUUUUCUACCAAGAAUUUGUCUCAUAUGCGCAAAACUUCUUAUGCUCAAACACCUACUCCUCCAUCCUUUCCCACCUCAUUAAAAUGGAAAAGGUUAGCAGGAAGACGACCUACCACAAAUCCUAUUUCAUUCUCAUCACCUCUUCCUGGUCCUGAGGAAACCACAUAA